CUGAAGCCGCCACCCGUCAUCGCUGCACGCCUUGCCUCACCGCAUGCCGCCUCUUCCUCGCCGCAGGGCAUCUCCACCUCUGCCCCGACCCUCGCCCCUGCCACCCCUCAGGAGACGAUCGCCCACCGCCCACUCCCCUCCCACCGCACACGCUUACGCCGCUGCAUCAAGCAGCAAAGACGAAGCACGACGCUCCACAGGCGGGCCACGCCAACCGCACAGCGUACCUGUACAGCUGCGGCGCGAAGGACAGGGCGGACCUAUGUUCCCUGCACAGUCUGCCGCUGUUGCCUCUCCUCAAAGCAGGCUGCAAUGGGUGCCGCCCCACGCACCCUCGCGGCGAGACGCGACUCACACUCCGUCCAUUCUCCCCCUCCGCAGCGGAGAACCAAAAGAAUCCUCCUCGUGCACUACCUACGCCUCUCGCAGAAACAAAAAGAGGAGUUGGGGCAUGCCAGCAAUGCAGCCAGCAGCGGCAGCAAACACAACACGCAGCGACAGCGGCUGGCACGGCGCAAACCAAAAGUGAGACGCAAAGAUUUGCCAAACUAA